GCGCGCUGCACAGCCGCUGAAUAGACGCGCAUCGCACAGUAACGAGGAGAAGCGGAUUAAUUUCCAAACACUGCGUCCUCUCACAGCGUGAUCAGACAUCAUUGGAUGUGCGAUUAUCUGGGACACUGAACCACCACCAUGAAGCAUUUCCUGAGGGUGCUGAGCCAGUUCCUGGUGUUUCUGUACUGUAAGUGUCUGUGGCAAGGUCUGAAGUUUUUUAUCAGGAAGGUUACGGGUCGAUGUGAGCUGCAGCGCAUCUGUUACAACAACAAGCCUGGUGCCCGCCGUACCCUUAAAAUAGAAUCGUCACUGAAAUGCUCUAAAAGUGAGCUCCUGCAGAAUGCCGUCACUGUCCAUCCAGAUGCUGUAGAGAAGACCAUCGAUGACAUCAUCGCCCUAAAAAAAAUCAACCCGGAUACCAAUCCACAGCUGGCCAUCUCUCUUCAGGCAAGCCUGUUUCAGAUCGUCGGCUACAGGAAUCUGCUGCUGGAGGUGGAGAAGCUGCGCAGAGAGCCGUACGACUGUGAGAAUACACGUCAUGAGGAGAUGCUGAUGAAGCUUUGGAAGGCUUUGCGCCCUGAAUCAGCCCUCACUGGACGUAUUUCUAAGCAGUGGUGUGAGAUUGGCUUCCAAGGCAGCGACCCCAAGACUGACUUUAGGGGUAUGGGACUGAUGGGGCUGCACAACCUUCUAUAUUUCGCGGAGCACGACAACUCCUCCGCUCUCCAAAUGCUUCACGACUCUCUGCAACCCAAACACAGGAACAUUUCUACAGAGGAAGUCAGUAAGAUGACCAAAGCCGAGUGGGAGCAGAAGAAACUGGACAAAGCUAUCGGAUACUCGUUUGCUAUCGUUGGCAUCAACAUCACAGACCUGGCCCACUCUUUGCUGGUAAGCGGGGCUCUGAAGACCCAUCUGUACAACGUAGCACCAGAGAUGCCAAGCCUUGCACACUUCCAGCAGACCUUCUGUUACCUGAUGCAGGAAUUUCACCGGUUCUGGAUCGAAGAGGACCCAGGUGACAUCAUGGAGUUCAACCGUGUACGCACCAAAUUCCACAAGCGCAUCCUGAAGCAGCUGAAGAAUCCCAACAUGGCUCUGUGCCCUCAUUUCACUGCCUCCGACCUACACCUGGUCACCCUGUAGAUCCUCACUUUACUCUUUACCCAUUUGCCACUCCUGAGCUUCUCUAUAAGCUUUUUGUCAUCACUGCCAACUGGGUGACGUCUCUCUGUCUUAACACGCACUCACACACAAACACACACAAACAGGAACAUAGACCAGCAAAUGUGUUUGGUUUUUCUCAUAUACCUGGCUCAGAAGCAUUGAAGACCACACUGACUGGCUGAGUGCGCCACGUUUUCCCUGCACUACUUCACAACAACACACCUUUAACAAUUCAAACGUUUUUAGUACCGUCUCACAAAUGUGCACUUGCAGUAGAAAGGAAGAACUGGAAGAACUAAUUUUGGCAGUGGUUCAGUCUGUAUUGCCCAUCUCUUACAGAUUGGCCGCAGAUCUCAUGCCGUGCCUGAGGCACAGUCUGGGGAUGCCAAAAAGGGCCAAAUCUAGUCAUUUCUGCUGCUGUUUGCACUACCUCCGUUCUAGACCAUCACGUCCCCUCAGACACAUGCCGCUAUUUUUCACCUGCCAGUGUUGGGUCCCACACAGAGCCAUGUGGCGUACAGCUUCGCUAUGCUCCAUGUGAGUGCCAGCCAAUUUCAUUUAACCCAUAACUGAGCAUUAUCGCACAUGCUUUAUUAAUUACAAACAGCCUAAAUGUAGUGAAUGUGAUUGUGAUAUAGAACGGUACAAUUGAUAUAAACACCACGAGCGGGACUAGUUCCAUAUUUAGAAUGUACAUUUUAUACAGAAUUAGUUGCAGACUGUUUAUUUCAAGCGCUAAAUAAACAUAGAGAUUCAGUU